CAUGGCCCAGGCUCCGACAUCCAACCUGCUGUGGCCGCGGCCAGGCCGAGCGCAGCAGGCGCCACGCGCAGAGCACACGCUCGCGCUCCAGCUCUCGGACUCCGCCGUUCAUGACCGUGACCCCCGGCCGCAGGCUCCGCCAGCCCCUGCUACAGGCUCUCUGGCCGCACUCCGCCGCCGCCGCCGCCGCCAGGGUCGCCCCCGCCCCAAGCGCUUCGAAGCCAGCCCGCGCCCCCUGCCCGCUGCCCGCUAGCGGCUGCCUGGUUCGGCUGGCACCAUGCUGCCCGCGCGCGUCCGCCUGCUCAUGCCCCACUUGCUGCUCGUGGUGGUGCAGCUGUCCUCGGCCGGCGGCCACCGCACCACCGGCCCCAGGUUUCUGAUAAGUGACCGUGAUCCUCAGUGCAACCUCCACUGCUCCAGGACUCAAGCCAAACCCAUCUGCGCCUCUGACGGCAGGUCCUAUGAGUCCAUGUGUGAGUUCCAGAGAGCCAAGUGUCGAGACCCAGCUCUGGGCGUGGUCCAUCGAGGUAGAUGCAAAGAUGCUGGCCAGAGCAAGUGUCGUCUGGAGAGGGCUCAGGCCUUGGAACAGGCCAAGAAGCCUCAGGAGGCUGUGUUUGUCCCAGAGUGUGGCGAGGAUGGCUCCUUUACACAGGUGCAGUGCCAUACUUACACGGGGUACUGCUGGUGUGUCACCCCAGAUGGGAAGCCCAUCAGCGGCUCUUCUGUGCAGAAUAAAACUCCUGUAUGUUCAGGUCCAGUCACUGACAAGCCCUUGAGCCAGGGUAAUUCAGGAAGGAAAGUCUCUUUUCGUUUCUUUUUAACCCUCAAUUCAGAUGAUGGCUCUAAGCCCACACCCACGAUGGAGACCCAGCCUGUAUUCGACGGAGAUGAAAUCACAGCUCCUACCCUAUGGAUAAAGCACUUGGUAAUCAAAGACUCCAAAUUGAAUAACACCAAUAUAAGAAAUUCAGAGAAAGUCCAUUCUUGUGACCAGGAGAGGCAGAGUGCCCUGGAAGAGGCCCGGCAGAACCCCCGUGAGGGCAUUGUGAUCCCUGAGUGUGCCCCUGGUGGGCUUUAUAAACCCGUGCAGUGUCACCAGUCCACGGGUUACUGCUGGUGUGUCCUAGUGGACACAGGGCGCCCGCUGCCCGGGACUUCCACACGCUAUGUGAUGCCAAGUUGUGAGAGUGACGCCAGAGCCAAGAGUGCCGAGAUGGAUGACCCUUUCAAGGACAGGGAGUUGCCAGGCUGUCCCGAAGGGAAGAAGAUGGAAUUUAUUACCAGCUUGCUGGAUGCCCUCACUACAGACAUGGUUCAGGCCAUUAACUCAGCAGCGCCCUCUGGAGGUGGGAGGUUCUCGGAGCCAGAUCCCAGCCACACCCUGGAGGAGCGAGUGGCACACUGGUACUUCAGCCAGCUGGAUAGCAACAACAGCGAUGACAUCAACAAGCGGGAGAUGAAGCCCUUCAAGCGCUACGUAAAGAAGAAAGCCAAGCCCAAGAAAUGCGCCCGGCGCUUCACCGACUACUGUGACCUCAACAAGGACAAGGUCAUCUCACUGCCUGAGCUGAAGGGCUGCUUGGGCGUUAGCAAAGAAGGUGGUAGCCUUGGCAGCUUCCCCCAGGGAAAACGUGCAGGCACAAACCCAUUCAUUGGACGCCUUGUCUAAGGAGCAGAAGAUCAGAGGGCCAGUGGAGAGUCCAAGGAGACAGGACCGACCUUUAGACACCGAGCCUUCAGCACUGCCCACGCCCAGCUGCAGCCCAUGUAACACAAGUGGUGCCCGCCAUGUUUGCACUUUUAAUAACUCUUAAUGUGUGUGUUUUGUUUCUGGUUUCAUUUGUAAACACCAGUUAUCUAAUACCACAGCGGGGGCAGGAAAGGGAAGAAAGCGAUUUAUUCUCUCUUUUAAUGUUAAGUUUUUGGAUCUGCUACUGACAACUUUUAGGUUAUUGGGGAGGGGGGUGCUACUGGGAUUGAGAGGAAAGAGAUUUAUAUACUGUAUAUAAAUAUAUAUGUAAAUUGUAUAGUUCUUUUGUACAGGCAUUGGCAUUACUAUUUGCCCCCUCCCUCCCUCCCCUCUCCUUCCUCUGGACCCUCAGUCCAGGCUUCUCAGAUGGCAUCCUUAGCUUACCUGGGUUUCACUGAAGAUGGACUCUGUAUGAGAGCGGAUGGGGGCUCCGUGUUUGUGCUGUGGACCCAUCAGCUCUCUUCCGGUGGGCAGAGUGUACUGUCCCAUGCCAUUAGCUGUCAAAGUCUAAUCGCGUGGCCAUUGGUAGGGUGGUGGCCAGCAUGAACUCCAAAAUUCUGCAGUGGCCCACGUGCCCCUACUAUCCAGAUCCCUUGGCAGGCUAGGACAAAUAACGGAGCAAAUUAUGCUUGAAGGGGCUGAAUUAGGUUACUCUAAACAUUUCCACCCAUGUUCAGCACCUGCCACACGUAGGACACCAGAGGGGACACACAGAGCGUGUGAGGGAAGGACACCAGCAGGACUCUCCUUCAGCAGGUGUUUGGCAUCUGACAGAAACGUGAAGGUGGCAGGCCCGCACCAGCCCUUCCGCAAACCCACAGGAGAGGCUCCACAGGGUGUCUCACCCAACAGUAGCAUCAGACUGGACUUUACUUCCGUGCUCUCCCGCCGUCUCUCACCCUCAUCCUCACCGAUUGGGUCAAGCCCCCCAAACUGGAGUUAGUCCUCUGAUUUAUCCAACUUUUCUCAUGGACUUCCAGGCCUAUGGACCAAUUCUAGGAGUGGAAUUCAUGUGGUGUCCCUUACUUCUGCUUUCCCAGGAGGAGUAGGAGGAGUUAUCCAGCUACAGGAGAAUCUAGGUUUUUGCACAGGUUGUCACCCGGAUUGCAGAGUGGCCAUCCAGCCUUCAGGACAGACAAGCAGCUUCUUCUGUCUCGGUGCCAUGCUGAUUCAGAUGGCCUUCAGUCAGAGCAGCGAGUGACACUUAGCAGCUGUUUCCAUAGUCAGCCAUGGUGGCAGUGAGGGGUCAGGAGCUCAGGACGGGUUCUCUGGCUGGCUUGCCCUGGGCAAUCUGCCCUUGUCUGCUUUUCCAUCUCAGUAUCCCGGAAGCACAUCCACCUUGGUAAAUCCUAUUCUAUCUUGGGUCCGGAAGACAUUGGCCUCGUACAUGCUGCCCAGGUGUGGGGCACACAGCCUUCUUGGGACUUGAUUGAAGUUUUGGCUACAGAAGGUUCCUGCUGUUCUGCAGAGAGUCAUACAUGAUGACCAGUGGCCCUGUCCUGACAUGGUGCAGAGGAAGUCCUUUCUUGGAGCCUUGGCCAACAACAAAACACAAUGUGCUGGGAUUGGAGCUGAUGCCCCUCACAGCAGACUCCAGCCCCGUUUCCUGGCCUAAAGCAAAUGUACACAGAGAAGUCACCUCCACACAGGAGCUCAAAACCUAUCCAGCCACCCUUUCUCUCACAGAUGGCUGCAGGCUGUGCUGUGUGGGUUUCCCUUGGGAGGGAGGGAGAGAAGAAACAUGUUUGUAGCUUGUUUUAUAAAAAAUAAAAAAUGGGUAAACUUGG